ACUCAUCUACUUUGAAGAAUAUAAAUGAUUGAUAUAGAAAUAGAGGAUAUCAUAUACUUUUAAGACUAGCUAUGGAAGCUCUCACAAUUUCUACUUGUUUUGCACCAUUUCACUUCAACUUGAGCACAUCUAGAUUUUCAAGAAUCACAUGUGAGAAACCAAAACUUUAUUUUCCUCUAAAUCAACAACAACCCGACAAGUCAUAUUUCUCCUCAAAUCAGCCACACCAAAAUGCAAGAUUCAAUCUUUUCACAUCCAAUAUUUCUAAUUCAACUAUCUCAACUAAUGAACCACAACUACUUCAAAAUCAAGAAGAGAAAUUUGACUGGUAUGCACAAUGGUACCCCAUAAUGCCAAUUAGUGAACUUGAUAAGAGGAGGCCACGUGGAAAAAAAGUGAUGGGAAUUGAUGUGGUUGUGUGGUGGGAUAAAAAUGAGAAAGAAUGGAAAGUGAUGGAUGAUUCUUGUCCUCAUAGAUUGGCUCCACUUUCUGAAGGAAGAAUUGAUCAAUGGGGAAGAUUACAGUGUGUGUAUCAUGGCUGGUGUUUUGGUGGCUCUGGUGAUUGCAAGUUCAUUCCCCAAGCUCCUAGGGAUAAGCCUCCGGUUCACACUUCCAAAAGAGCAUGUUUAGCAGUGUAUCCAAGUGUUGUGCAAAGUUACAUUCUUUGGUUUUGGCCCAACUCUGAUCCUUUACACAAGGACAUACACUUAACAAAAAGGCCACCUUAUAUUCCACUUAUUGAUGAUACUUCAUAUAGUUUGAAUGCUAAAUCCACAUUAGUUAGAGAUAUCCCAUAUGGGUAUGAAAUUCUGAUUGAAAACCUCAUGGACCCUUCUCAUAUCAACUAUGCACAUUAUCGCAUAAUGAAAGUUCCAGAACUGCCAGACAGUGUAAAGGCUGAUAGAGAAGGAGGAAUGCCAUUUGAUAUAAGCCCUGCAAAAUUAGAUUUAAAUGGAUUUACUGCAAAGCAAGGGACUGGUGACCACAAAUUUAUAGCCCCUUGUGUGUACUAUGGUCCAUUUGGUCUUGCAGUUGAAGACAAUUUCGAUAAGGAAUCUUCAGAAUCAGAGGAACAAUCAUCAUCAGAUAAGAUAAAGAGACUAUUUCUAGUAUUUAUAUGUGUUCCAGUUAGUCCAGGUAAAAGCAGAUUGAUAAUAACAACGGUCAGAAACUUUGCUGUUUGGGAGCAUAAAAUAAUUCCUCCAUGGAUAUUUCACCUCGAAGUUAACCUAAUCAUUGAUUCUGAUUUAUUUUUACUUCAUCUUCAGGAGCACAAGCUAAAGGAAAAGGGUGCACACAAUUGGCAAAAAGCCUGUUAUGUGCCAACAAAGGCAGAUGCACUUGUGGUUGGUUUUAGAAAGUGGUUGAGCAAAUAUGGAGGUGGCCAAGUUGAUUGGGCCACAAAGUUCACUGGUGACCUCCCACCAACUCCUUUUAGGGAACAACUUCUUGACAGGUACUGGACACAUACAGUGCAAUGCACCAGUUGCAGCAAAGCAUAUAAAAGUUUGAAUGCACUUGAAAUCAUUCUGCAAAUUAUCUCCUUUGCUUCAAUUGGAAUUGCUGCUGCAGCAAAAGGGAGUGUGAUAUCAAUAGGUGCAAGGUAUUUUUUGGUAUUCUUUGCAUUACUAUGCUUCGUGGGUUCAAGAUGGUUAUCUAAAUUUAUAUACAAAAGUUUCCAUUACCAUGAUUAUGAUCAUGCCUUUCGUUAAAUGGUGUAUAUAAAUAUAAGUUGUAUUGGAGCUUGUAAACAAUAUGUAUUUGGAUAAUGAGAUACUUGUAUUACUAAGGA